AUGUGGAUCAGUGCAUACAACUGUGCUGCUGACAGCAAAACACACAGUGUAACAAAGUAUGGUCCAAUUCUAGAGACAAGUGGCGUUGCUGCUGUUGUGAGCGACGACCGCAAACGUGGCUGGGGCGGAGUGGCUCAGAAGGGCGACCAUGGUGCCCGGCAGCAAGUAUGCAGCCAGCUGGACAUGGGAGGAACAGGACUAGAUUGUCGACUGAAUACAACCUGUCUACCCUCGUUGUUCUUAUGUUCGUCGUCUAGCCGGUACGGUAGAUUCUGGGCUCUGGAGAAGCAACAAAUGCAUGGAGAUGCAAUGCUCGGUUGCGGGCCGCCACGGAUUGGCCAAAGAGUCGAGGUCUCACUGUCUCAGGGAGCUGCGGCUAGGUACCAUCGAUACGACGGGGCUAAUGUGUGCCACUCAGGUACAGGCUCCUAUGGCCAUGCGCCCGCCAAGUGUGCUCUGGUCGCGAAAGCGGCCGCAGAGCGCUUAUAUCAACCACGGCAGCCAAUCACACAGCCAGGCGCGUCCAUAGCCAGGCCUCUCGAGCCCAAGGUGGAGAGAGCAGGGCUCAUGGGCAGAGGAGAGAGGGGGGAGGGGGAAGGGCUGCGUAUCCUUCCACGAAGAGCAUUUCAUCUCUGCAGACUACACCCGCUACGCCACCCCCUCACCAUGGACGGCCGCAAGCAGGGCAGGCCUGAGGAGGAGCUGUUCCUGCGCAGCGACUCAGACAAAAAAGACACAGAGACGGUUGCGCCCCUGAGAAUUCAGAAGGGACGAGAUGGCAGGAGUCCCCCUCCGCGAACAGAUUCGGCGGGCAGCUCGAAUCAGCCAGCCUUCUCGCGCCCUCCGCCCAUGCCUUCGUUCCCCGCGCCGCCCACCAGCCCGCCCUCCGCUCCACUGCCAUACCCCGACUCAGAUCGCCCGCCGCGACUGCCCACGCUCGGCACGGGCCGGUACACGCCUGUCAGCGAGCGAGAGCGCCAGAACACCAAUGCAACACCUCCACAGGCAGAGGGCCGGCGGAGGGGGUCGAAUGCUACGGGCCCGAGUCCCACGUCCCCAGAGCGCCGCGCUCGAUUCGACGCAAACGACCCCAACCGGCCGACAAUAGGCGGUUACGGCGCGCGGAACCCAGAUGGCUCACUGCAACCCUCACGGCUGGCGGAGCGUAGGGGAAAUGCGCCCAAGCCUUUGCCCGACUCGCCAGGACCUGAAGCACCAGACAAGGAGGGGCUGUUCCAAAAGGCGCCGCAGCGACAUGGCAGUGCGGAUGCGACGGUCGGUGCCAGCAGCAGCAAUCCAUACCCAGAGUACCAUCAGCAAUACUUCCCUCCUCCUGUGGCAGCAGCUCCAGUCGUACACACUGGGCCGCACCAAGAUGAGCCGGUUCUCAAGGUGCCCACCCCGCUGGGAGUCAACCGCCUGAGCUCUACUGCAUCCACGUCUACAGUCAGAGCUCAGCGAGGCUCUCCACCGCCUCCAGAGACUCCAAUCAUACCUCCACCAGCUGGUGGUAUCGAGGCGCGAUUUGCUGCAGCAGGCAUUGCAGGCACAUCUACCUUGACCAACCUACAAGCUCAGAACCUACAGAACGCAGCGGCAGCUCAGCGGAAUCAAGUAUAUGCCAACCAACAGCCACGUCCAGGCAUGCAGUCACAUCCAUCGAAUCAACAACAGCCACCGAGGAGGCCAUGGACGCCAACCGAGCAGCCAGGAAGCAACCCACAUGGCCCACCAGCCAUCUAUCAGGGCAUGGAUCAGAUGCCGCCUACCAGCUCACCUCCGCAAGGUCCUCUACCGCAAGCACCAGGCACUACUCGAUUUUCUCCGCCUCCAACAAACGGCGGCGCAAAUCAUUUGCACCAAGAGAUGGGUCGCAUGAACAUGAACGAGGAGCCACCGCCGGCCUACUCGAGCAUCACCCAUCCACCAGCAGGCCAGGGUCAGGCUUACCCCAACGACAAGGGUCAACAGCCAGCUGCACAGGGAGUCUCGCUUUCUGACCCCAACCAUGGCCAUCCAGCGUUUGCGAAUGAUCCACGCCAGCAGGCGGGUCCCUCACAGCAGCCAACCGUGGUUGCGCCCACACCUACGCAAAAUCAGUUCCCCGCGCAGAUCCAGACGACACAGCCAGCAGCCCACACACCAAGCCCGGCGCCAGGUCCAGGUCCAGGUCCGGGUCCCGCAUCUCCUCCACCACUACCAGAAGGUUGGAUAGCACAUCUAGACCCCAGCUCUGGCCAGUAUUACUACAUCCAUCUCCCCACUCAGUCGACUCAGUGGGAGUUUCCCAAGGGCCCGACACCGUUGAACCUCAAUGAGCCCAUGUCGCCAACAGGCACCUUUGUGGGAAAUGGCCUAGCAUCUCCUUCCUUCGGCAAGACGCCGCUCGCAUCACCUGGAUUUCCAACUCAGACGGUCACUUUCCCUGGCGACUUUGGUAUGGCACCGCUUGCGACUCCGACUACAACGGGAUUUACUGGGCCGCCUCCGGUUGCUGGUGUGGACCAGUAUAAGAUCAAUCCAACAAACGGUGUAUAUUUUGGACCAUACUUGAGAUACACAAACAUGGACGUUGAGCGAGGGCUGUGGCUUGGCUCGAUUCUCUUGAUUACAAACACUCCUCAUCCUCCAACUAUUCACAUCCAUCAAAGCACAGAUCUGUCGCCAAACCCCCGGCAGCUCAAGGCCAACCCUAUCUACACACAUCAGACAUGGAUCUUUUAUCGGUAUGAUAUCGAUCUCAGGAUGGAAGAGGAUCAUGCUGCCAAGUGGACAUAUGCUAUCACGUCGCAUCUCGGCUGUACAAGAUUCGAAUUCCUGGUGGCCGGACGCCACGAGACCAGCUGGCGAUUCAUAGCUCACUCGGGUAACGACUUUGCCCUCAAUGUGAACGCCAACGAGAGAGCGAAGCUUGGCGGCGUGGGCCUCAUGUGGAAAGAUAUUCUCCAGAAGAAUGCAGAAUGUGGCGGCUUCCACGUGCAGCUAGGGCUUGGUGGCCAAAUAUAUGCUGAUCGGCUAUGGAAAGAGCUCCCUCUUCUCAAGCAAUGGACAGCUACAAGCGGUAAGGAGAACCGUAAGACGGCUCCGUGGACUGCAAAGCACGAGGAAGAUGUUUGCCAUGCCUAUUUCCACUACUACACCAGUCAUUUCGAUCAGCCCCAUCUUCGAGAGGCGUUUGCUCAAAUACCACACAUCCUUACGCUUGAUGACCACGACAUAUUUGAUGGCUUUGGUUCCUAUCCCGAACACAUGCAGUUUUCCAACAUGUUCAAAAAUAUUGGAAGGCUGGGUAUCGAGAUGUAUCUCCUGUUCCAGCAUCACACCACACUCGAAAUCUUGCGUAAUGUGAGCAAUGACAUGGACCUUUUCACAAUCACAGGCACAGGAUGGCACUUCAUCAAGUACCUUGGCCCCUGUGUUACGGUUGUUGGACCAGAUUGCCGUUCUGAGCGCAACCCGCACCAAGUCAUGGCAGGGCCAACAUAUCAAGGUAUAUUCCCCAAAGUAGCAACGCUACCGCCGAGUGUGCAGCACUGCAUUUGGAUGAUACCUGUCCCUAUUGUGUAUCCUCGUCUGGAGUCUGUUGAACACCUUGCUCACUCCAUGGCUACGGGUAAGAGAGCAGUUACUGGUACAUUCAAUAUGCUAGGCAAAGUGACGAGUUCUGUUGCUGGUGUCGUUGGCGCUAAGAAUGUGGUUGGUGAUGGCUUUAGUUCCGUGAAGAGAGCCGUUGGUAAAUCCGGUCUGAUGAGCGGCGUAUUAAGUCCUUUUGGAGAGAUCGAUUUGCUUGAUGAACUGAGAGAUCAAUGGACGCAUGACUCAAAGGAUCUUGAGAGAACAUACCUCAUCAGGACUUUGCAAGGCAUCGCCCACAACAAGUCCUUGCGAAUGACCUUUUUCUCCGGAGCUGUCGACUGCUGUGGUGCAGGUCUCGUCCAUGAUCCGUCAAGACCGCAAGAUCACAAGACAAUGUACCAGAUUAUCUCUGCCUCCGUGGUCAAUGGCCCCCCAGGUGCCCUCGCUCUGCGUCUCCUACAUAACAACCGUGCAUUGUAUGUACCGCAGAACGGCCAUCGGUCCAAUCAUCAACCCACCGACACAAAAGAAGACAUGAUGGAGAUUUUCACACAAGACGUCAAUGGUCAGCCGCGAGAACACAAGAGGCUCAUGGCUCGAAGGAACUACGUCGCAUGUGUCAUCUACGACCCCGAGAUUGUGAAUGGAACAUUCGGCCAAGCCGUUCCAGGACAUGGAAGCGGCAAGCUGAGUCUGGCGGUCGAUUUCAUGGUGCAGAAUGAUGGGGGGUAUAGUGCGCCUAUGAAGUACGGUCCAGUUAUUGUGCCAAGUUUGGAGUAUGGGAGGUAA